CCCACGCGUCGAUCGCGCGAUUAAACGGUUCGGCAAAAGCGGAUCUAUCGAUCAGAAGCGAACUGAACUCGGAAGUUAAAUGAUCGAGACUGUGCGUCGUACAGCGAACGGUUAAAUUGUAGUGAAACUUUGUAUUAUCUUUCAGUAAAAUAAGAUGAACAGUGCUGUGACUUGUCGAGUGUUUCUGUUGCUGGGACUGCUGGUUCUGGUCAGUGUAGAAUGCAGCCGCGUUAAGUUUCUCGGAGAAGACGUCGGCGAUGACGAAGACGAUGUGGCGUUGAUACGAGGUGCCGUCAAUAUCGGACGGGAUAUUACUGGAUUUAUCUUUGGUGCCCGGCCUACGCGUCGCAGACCGACUGCACGAACUACUACCACGAGGCCGAAUGAUGUUCACCAUCCGAAUGCGGGAGGAAACGUCGGAUUCUCCGGUUCAUCGGCAGCCGCUGGCUCGCAAACGAUCCAAACUGGGAACCCGCACGGCUCGUCCGGAUCGUCCGGAUCAGCUGCCACUGCCCAGACGGCAACCGUGAAUAAUGGCGGCGGCAACUCGGGACUGGGAAUAUCUGCGGCCACGGCCAAUGCCAACUCGCACCACCAGACCUCCCCGUCUUCCCCCGGUCAUCAUAAUGGAUUCUCUGGCGGCGGCGGCGCCUCGGGAGCGGCUGCCAGCUCCCAGAGCUUCAAUGGCAAUGGAGGAUUCCCAGGCUCCAGCAUUUCUGCAUCUGCUGCGAAUGCAAACUCCUACAAUACUCAGCACGGUAGUGGCGGAGGAUCGGCAUCGGCAGCUAAUGCUCAAUCUGCUUCCUUUAACUCGAGAUAUCCUGGGUUCGGCUUUUCCGGAUCCAGUUCGAGUGCCAACUCGGCUAGUCAAGGAUUUGGAUCGUCCAUUGGAUCCGGCGCAGGAGUGGCCACCGGAAAUAGUUUCGGAGGAUCUGGUGGGAGUGCGGCAGCUGCCAACGCACAAACGGCCACCAUAAAUUCCGGUGGAUUCGGAGUUUCCGCGUCGAACGCGAACGCCAACAGCUUAAACCAGCAAAUCGGUGGUUUCGGCUCAUCCAGUUCGAACGCUAACGCCAACUCCUUCACGCACGGGUUCGGUUCCAAUGGGUUUGGAAGCAGUGCGGCCAACGCGCAGUCCAACUCGUUCCAGAGCAGCGGACCGUUGGGUUCGUUUGGUGCGUCCAAUGCGGCGUCACAAUCGCAGGGAUUUACCGUUGGGGCGGGAGGUAUCUCGGGAUCGGCGGCCCUUUCCGGAAGUCAAACGUACAGGAUACCCUACCACAAGGACGUAACUCUGUCCUACUCCAGUGGGUUCUCAACGGCUGGGAACCAGGGUGGACAGGAAGGGGAUUCAAGUUACGCGAAUGGGGCGUCGUUUACGAUUAAUUAA